AUGCAUUUAUAUUUGACUAUAUUUGCUUUAUACACAUCAUAUCUUGUACUUGCUCAAGAAGAUUAUACUAAACCAGAUGAUGAAUCAGAUGAAGAUCCUUGUGAAAAUGUAAAAUGUAAAUUGGGUGAAAUGUGCAAAGAGGGAAAAUGUAACUGUUUGGAUAGUUGUCCAUCAGAAUGGAAUAGUUAUAAUAGACAAUUAUGUGUAGAUGGUGUCACAUACAGACAUGAAUGUGAUCUAUGGAGAAAUCAAUGUUAUUGUAGAUCUGGUGAUUCAAGAUGUGGUAAUGAUCAAUUUAGUAAUCAUAGAGCAAAUGAAAACUCGGCAAUAAAAUAUUAUGAUGAAUGUCGUGAUCUUAGCGGUUUAUGUGAUUGGGAUCAAAAUGAAAGUACAUUUUCUUUUCGACUUGGAAUGUGGUUUCAAGAGUUGUUACGUCAAAAAUGGUCUUCUACUUCAUGGUCAAAUGAUGAUGAUAGUCUUCUACGUCCAAUGGAUGCUAAAGCAAGAAGUACUACAAGUAAAUUAGUAUCACAAAGUUCACCACAUGAAAGAGUUAAUGGAGCUGUAAUUAGUUAUUGGUUUUGUGAACUUGAUCGAAGAAAUAGAGGAUCAUUACAACAAGAUGAUUUAAACUAUUUGUAUCAACUAUUAUUACCAUCAACCCCAUGUUUAGAAGUAUUUAUUAAUCGAUGUUCCGGUUCUGGUGGUAUAUCAUUUGAUCAAUGGCAUAAUUGUUUUGAUAUCCCACAAGAAGAACGUGUUCAAUGUAAUGAAUUCAAAUAA